AUGGACGAACUAUGGAUGUUGGUUCAACCCCCAGCAAACCAACCCGUGCUUCCUGUAAUCCCUGGAGAUCCAUACUAUCCCGAGCUCCCUGUAGCAUACAACCCUAUCCCACCAGUCGAGGAGGCACCGAUACAACAGGAGGAGAUUGAGAUCGAAGAAAAUCCUAAGGAGGACAUGGAAGAGGAUCCCGAGGAAGAAGAUCCUGAGGAGGACAUGGAAGAGGAUCUCGAGGAAGAAGAUCCUGAGGAUGACAUGGAAGAGGAAGAUGAUGACGAAGUGAUAAUGAUAACUGAAUCAGAAUCAUCUGUCACACCUCCAACCACCCCAAUUCACUCUUUCACUACAGCUCCAAGUCGAUGUCCCAGGAAAACAGCCAGGAUGUCAAUCCCAGAUCGAAGACCCACAACGCUGAGGCAAAGCAAGAGGUUUUCCCACACCCAAAAGAAGGUAGAUCGACCUGCCUGGGAAAGCAACAAGGUGAACAAGUGGAUAUCCGAAUGGAAGGCCACGAGAAAUAUCGAGAAAGGUCAAGCGUCAGGAACGACACCUCCAUCUCCCAUGGACAUUGAUGACUUGUCUCUCCUAUUCGAAGAAAAUACCCGCUUGCAUGGACAAGUCUGGCACAUCAGUGAUGAACUGAGCACCAUACAGGGACAGGUAGCACAAACUAGAGGAGGAAUGACUCGUAUGGGGAGACAACAAGAACAACAGCAUAUUGAGUUGGAUAACCUCCACCAACGAAUGAACUAUCACCAUAGCAACUGGAUGAACUGCAAUUCACGGAUGACUGCUAUGGAGAAUCAAAACGAUAUUGCUCUCUCUCUGGCACAUGGAAUAGAAGAAAGGCAUGUAGCACUCAAAGAAAGUCAUGAAACACUUGAAGAAAGGCAUGUAGCACUCGAAGAAAACCAUGAAACAGUCGAAGAAAGGCACGCAACUCUCGCAGCAGACCAUGCAGAACUGGUUGCAAAGCACACAGAGUUGUCCAAUGCGGUGGCCCAAUGGAUGAAUUUCUGCUGA